CAGACCCCGAAGCACUCAUAAGAUUUAAGCAAGCCCGCAUGUUCGCAUUCGUUUCAUUUAUCGUUUGAUCUGGAAUAGUUUCCAGUGGAGCGCAACGAUAUGCAUGAACAGCGGAGAGAGGAUGGGGGGUAAGAGCCCGCUUUCCGUACGACGGACACAGAAAUCGCGAAGUUCGAGGCCUGCCGUCAAUCAGUACUCUCUAUACGUGGACACGUACUUUGGAUGCACCUGUGAUUAGCGUCAUGAACAUGACUCACUGCUCACCAGGAAGGGCGCCGCAUGCCAUAUACUUAUGCCUGUCAUACAUUCCACAACGCUUCAUUCGUCAGUAGAUACAUCCUGAAAACGGUGGUACAUGCGAUCAGGCAAGAAUCUGUGUCAAAAGAGUAAUAUACCUACAACGACGAGGCUAGAAAACGCAAUAGGACAUUUUCUGGGCUACGAUGAUUCGUGAACACAAAAUUGAUUGCAGGAAAGAAUCAUCUCCUACUCACCCCUUGAGCGUUCCUUGCAUCCUUUUGAAAAGCAUAGCCGAAAGACCACUUCUGCAGGAUUCUAAUACAUUCGUUAGAGAACGGCAGUUAAGUAUCCAACACCUUCGUCUGAAUGGUGGCUCUAAGCCGCAGCGAGCCACAAAUUGCUGGCCACGUUUGCAGUUUGCCAUGUGGUGUCUUCCCACAGUGAUACAUCCAUAUAUAGUAGGUGCUGUGGUUCGCUGACAUUUCGGUGAUACCCGCGUUCUGGCAGUGCUUGUAGGCCUAAAAGGAGCUCGAUCUCGAACUUAAUCCCGUAUCCGCCAAGUCGUGCUUGUCGACGGCAUGGAGGAAGAGCAGUCUCAAGGGUUUCUGACACCUACACCGGAACACUUGGCAUCAGUCAAGGUAUUUCCACUAAUACCGAGCUUGAAGAAGGAUGUACUUCAAACGAUUGAUUCUGCACUGAGUUGGGAACAGCUCACAGCGUCUGACAUCAACUUUGCCAUCGUGAGGCCAUUAGUUUUCAAAUAUGCAAAACUCGAUAAUAUGGCCGUCAUCUACGCAUGCUUCGUAGUUCGAUCAUAUUUCGUACAAGAAACUGAAGAGAAUCUCGCCUAUUCUGGCGUGAUGUUGUCCAGGGCACAUUUGUGCGAACUCAUGGCAAUGAAGUUACUCGGACACUUUUCCUCAAAUCAAAUGAGGUUGAUUGCAACAUUGACCGCGAGCUGGAGCCCUCUAGCCGGCGCACCACCUGAGAUUAUAGCUGAAGUCCGCGAACUUGUCAGCAAUGAGGAAUCAUUGUCUGAACCCCAAUGCGCCUUAGAGAUGGCCAUCGCGACAGAGUCUAAACGUUUCUUGUCCUCUCCCGUGGUUCAAACCAUCGUAAAUGAUAUCUAUGCAGGCCAUGUUGUCUUCUCUAUGACAUCCAAUCGUUCGGUUUUGGCCGACAAUUACAAACCCCGUUUCAUUGAGGUUUAUGACGUCCACAAAGCCCCAUUUCUUGACCACUACAGAUUGAGAGUCCCGAAAUACGGCGCGAUUUUGGAAUUUCUGAACUUCGCCGCACUCCUAAUGCUCUUUCUGUUAUGCCUUGCGAACAAAGAUCUGACCAGGAUGACACCAUUUGAAAUCUUGUUCAUCGUCUUUGCUUCGGCGUUUGCACUGGAAGAAUACACAGCAUCCAAGGAGCAUGGAUGGGGAAUUUAUAUCGCCAGUCUAUGGAAUGUUUUCGACACCUCUUUCAUAAUUAUCUUUCUGGCUUACCUUAUAUAUCGAAUCAAGGGGCUCUCUUCUCACAAUCUCGAGGCAUCUGACAUGGCGUUCGACAUUCUGGCAUGUGGAGCUUGUAUUCUGUUCCCUCGCUUGGCCUUCUUUGCAGUAUCGAACAACGUCAUCGUGCUCGCCCUUCGUGCAAUGAUCACGGACUUUAUCUUUUUUAUAAGCAUCGCCGCUAUCUGCUUCUCAGGCUUGCUUUUCACGCUUCAUAGUCUUGCUUCGGAAACCUGGAGCGUGAAAGCCAUCGCAUGGCUAAUGGUGCAAAUCUGGUUUGGUAACACAUAUCUUAGCUUUGGCCAAGCGUCUAGUUUCCACCCGCUCUUUGGUCCAAUCCUGAUGACCUGCUUUGCGGCGUUGUCGAACACACUGUUACUGACGAUUUUGAUUUCUAUCCUCUCGAACACCUUUGCAAGGAUUGAUGCGAAUGCUAACCAAGAGUACCUAUUCCAAUUCGCCAUUACCACCAUUGAGGGGGUCAAGUCCGACGCUCUAUUUAGCUAUCAGCCUCCCUUUAACCUCUUCGCGUUCAUCAUUCUGUGGCCUUUGAGUUUCGUUGUCACACCGAGGAGAUUGCAUUCGACAAAUGUGUUCCUCAUUAGACUCACAUCAUUCCCAACGCUCAUCGCAAUCGGAGUCUAUGAACGCUACUUACGAGAAGGACAGAAAUGGCGAGAAUCAAGCUCAGACGCUUACAGCAGCUUUUCCCGUAAGAUGAAGAAUGUGCCCAUUUUGGAGCACCUUGUUGGUUCCAGCUCGACAGAUCUCUACGAAGCUAUUUUUGACGUUGAGGACCACCACUCUUUCCACGGUCUCUUCCCAGACUCUGAUGACGAAGAGCAUGACCUGCAUGCUUUACGCUCCACCGUAUCGCAAGAUAGUAUUCGACCACCUUCAAUAACCAUCUCUAGACCUUCGAUAUCCAGAUCCCAGCCACCGGAUUCACGACAACCAUACGGUGCAGCGAACCCUCCUCAAACACCUCAGUCAACAAGAAGCUAUAGACAAGAACGUGCCACGGGUUCGCCAACAGGUUCUCCCCGACCUCGCCGAGUGUCAAUGCUGCCCUCUUUGAGCCAGAUCCAACCGUCUAAUUCAGGAGAAAUCCCAACUGCCGGGCCUGGGAGUCCUUUAAGCAAACUCUUCACUGGACGAAAGGGGGCUUCCACAUCACAGGUCGACAAGGCGAUAGCUGCCAGUGCCAACGCUGAAGCCGCCAUCAGACGUGUCGAGACCCUUGUAGAAGAUAUCCGAGCUUUGCCUGUGAAUAGGCUCAAAGACGAGAUGAAGGAACUCCAGGAUCGUCAAGCCCGAAUCGAAAAUUUGCUACUUGUGCUUACCCGAGGCAUGCGGAAUGAGACACCGACAGGGCUUCCAUCAUCAGUCCGACAUGACACUAUGUAGGCCCUCCUUGUUGACGCUGUUAUCCGAUGACUGCCGGCAGUCGGAGGUAUUAUAGCUUUCACUCGUUUUCUUCCAAGUGCUCUGUUGCUUUGUUACUUUCUCGGACAGUGUAUGGUACAUACCAGGUCUUGUCUUCUCAGUGUAGUAUUUGCAUCAAUCGUUAUCGUUUUGGCAGUUGUAGAUUUGGAAGCUACACAAACUG